ACGUCAUAUCGAGGCUCCUCCCCCUGUCUUGGGGCCCGGAGACUCAGGCUGCGGAAGCUCGGGCCAAUCAGAAGAAAGGCUCCAGGAUGGCAUGGUAGAUGGAACGCAGUUGACAGGUCUGACAAGAUGUACCAGGUCCCACUGCCUCUGGACCGGGAUGGGACCCUGGUCCGGCUCCGCUUCACCCUGGUGGCCCUGGUCACAGUCUGCUGUCCACUUGUCGCCUUCCUCUUCUGCAUCCUCUGGUCCCUGCUCUUCCACUUCAAGGAGACAACGGCCACACACUGUGGGUUGUGUUCCUUGCCCUGCCUGGGCAACAUUUUCCACAGGAUGUUCUCUGCGGCCUCUCAGUCCCUGGACCCCGACGGGACUGUGUUCCGGCUCCGCUUCACAGCCUUGGUCUGGUGGGUCGUCACUUUCCCAGUGUUCGGCUUCUUCUUCUGCAUCAUCUGGUCCCUGGUGUUCCACUUUGAGUACACGGUGGCCACUGACUGUGGGGUGCCCAAUUACCUGCCAUCGGUGAGUUCGGCCAUCGGCGGGGAGGUUCCUCAGCGCUACGUAUGGCGCUUCUGCAUCGGCCUGCACUCGGCGCCCCGCUUCAUGGUGGCCUUCGCCUAUUGGAACCACUACCUCAGCUGUGCCUGCCCUUGUCCCGGCUACCGCCCGCUUUGCCGUCUCAACUUCGGCCUCAACGUCCUCGAGAACCUUGCGCUGCUAGUGCUCACCUAUGUCUCCUCCUCCGAGGACUUCACCAUCCACGAGAAUGCUUUCAUUGUGUUCAUCGCCUCAUCCCUCAGUUACAUGCUCCUCACCUGCAUUCUCUGGCGGCUGACCAAGAAGCACACAGUAAGUCAGGAGGAGCGAAAGUCCUACAGUUGGAAACAGAGGCUCUUCAUCAUCAAUUUCAUCGCCUUCUUCUCGGCGCUAGCUGUCUACUUUCGGCACAACAUGUAUUGUGAGGCUGGAGUAUACACCAUCUUUGCCAUCCUGGAAUACACUGUUGUCUUAACCAACAUGGCGUUCCACAUGACUGCCUGGUGGGACUUCGGGAACAAGGAGCUGCUCAUUACCUCCCAGCCUGAAGAAAAGAGAUUCUGA